ACAUCCCCAUACUUUUCUUCUCCAUCCCAUAAAUAUGAAAACAAACAUAACAGAGAAAGCUUGAAGCUGAGGUAACCGAGGAUGCUUGCAGCGUUUGAAAAUGCAGGAGUUGGCGGCAACGUUGGGAAGUGUUACAAGACAGCGGGAUCUCUGGUGUUGCUGGCGAAGCAAUGUCGGUCGACGAAGACGGUCCAACAGGUUCAUACCCAAAUGGUGGUGAACUCCAUUCACAACCACCACAACCACCUUCUCUCCAAAGCCAUACAAGUGAAAAACUUCACCUACGCUUCUCUUAUCUUCUCCCACAUGGCUCCCCACCCCGACGAAUACGCCUUCAACAUCAUGAUCCGCGCUCUCACCACAACCUGGCACGACUACCCUCUCGCUCUCACCCUCUUCUACCGCAUGAAGUCCCUAUCCGUCACCCCCAACAACUUCACCUUCCCCUUCUUCUUCCUCUCCUGCGCCAACCUCGCUGAAAUUUCCCACGCCCGUGUUGCCCAUUCCCUCCUCUUAAAGCUCGGCCUUCACUCAGACCCCCACUCCGCUCACUCCCUCAUAACCGCCUACGCGCGGUGUGGCCGCCCCGCAUGUUCGCGGAAGGUGUUUGAUGAAAUUCCCCAGAGGGACUUGGUGUCCUGGAACUCCAUGAUUGCUGGGUAUGCGAAGGCGGGCUGUGCCAGGGAGGCUGUGGAGGUGUUUGGGGAGAUGGGGAGGCGGGACGGGUUUGAGCCGGAUGAGAUGAGUCUGGUGAGUGUGCUUGGGGCUUGUGGGGAGCUGGGGAAUUUGGAGUUGGGGAGGUGGGUGGAGGGGUUUGUUGUGGAACGUGGCAUGGCUCUUAACUCGUUUUUAGGUUCUGCUUUGAUUAGUAUGUAUGCUAAGUGUGGGGAUUUGGGGUCUGCGAGAAGGAUCUUUGAUAGCAUGGCCACCAGAGAUGUUAUCACGUGGAAUGCUGUUAUAUCAGGAUAUGCUCAGAAUGGAAUGGCGGAUGAAGCGAUCUCUUUAUUCCAUGCCAUGAAGGACGACAGUAUUAAGGCAAAUAAAAUUACCCUGACUGCAGUACUUUCUGCAUGUGCAACCAUUGGCGCUCUCGAUUUGGGGAAACAGAUUGAUGAAUAUGCAUCACAAAGAGGAUUUCAACAUGAUAUUUUUGUUGCUACUGCGUUGAUUGAUAUGUAUGCUAAGUGUGGGAGUUUGGAAAGUGCGCAAAGAGUUUUCAAAGAAAUGCCGCAAAAGAAUGAAGUUUCUUGGAAUGCAAUGAUCUCCGCACUUGCUUCUCAUGGAAAAGCCAAGGAGGCACUAUCACUAUUUCAGCGCAUGUCAGAUGAGGGUGGAGGUGCCCGCCCUGAUGACAUAACAUUUGUGGGGUUGCUUUCUGCUUGUGUGCAUGCUGGCCUGGUAGCUGAGGGCCAUAGAUUGUUUGAUAUGAUGAGCACAUUGUUCAGAUUGGUACCAAAAAUUGAGCACUAUUCUUGUAUGGUUGAUCUUUUGGCACGUGCGGGUCAUUUAUACGAGGCAUGGGAUCUAAUUGAGGAAAUGCCUGAAAAGCCAGACAAAGUUACACUAGGUGCUUUGCUUGGUGCCUGUCGAAGGAAUAAAAAUGUAGAUAUAGGGGAACGGGUUAUGCGGAUGAUUCUGGAGGUGGAUCCUUCAAAUUCUGGGAACUAUAUUAUCUCAUCAAAAAUUUAUGCAAAUCUGAACAUGUGGGAAGAUUCUGCAAGGAUGAGAUUGUUGAUGAGACAGAAAGUAAUCUAUUGUGACAACAAAGCCACCAUUCAAAUUGCCACUAAUCCUUCCCAUCGUGAGUGUAGUAAGCACCUGGGCAUUGAUCUUCAUUUCAUCCAUGAAAAAAUGUGGAGAAAGGCACUAUCAAGCUUAAUCACAUACAAAAGCAUCACCAAUUAGCUGAUUUUGAUUCAAGAACAAGGUUUGAUGCGCACGGGCAAACAUGCGAUGAAGCACUGAAGGCAUUAACAUGAUGCAUGAGAGAAGGUGCACCAACCCAUUCAUGUGACACCCUUCAUGCCAAAACAACCUCAAAUCAUCUUAUUAUCUCUCCAAAUAUUUAUAUAUAUAAUGUUCCUGAAUGCAUUGAAUAUACAAAAGAGUUGUUGUUAACACUG